GUAAUUAAUAUGGCUCUCAUUAUAUUCGCAGUUACUACAAUAUCUUAAGAGUCUAUCCAACAACCUGAUCAAUUAGUACAAGUAGCGACAAUAGUUGAUCGAAUUAUUGGGGAAAAAAUCCUUAGAUCAAAAAAUAUAAAAUUAGAUAUUGAUGAAAGCGCGCAAUUUAAGGGGAGAGGAUAGAGGUAGCAUUGCCUUCUUCACCACCUAUCGACCACCGGUAGCAUUAGACAUUUACUCAUGUCCUCUUUCACCGACCACAAAUCCACCUGAGGAGCUUCAUCUUACCGAUGGAGUGUCGUACAACUCAAAUGCUCGAGAAAUUCCACCGGAAGCACUUAAACCGAUUCUCAAACGAAUCCACGACAAACAUCCUAACUUGCAUUUCAAUGGCGAUGAUGUUGAUUCAGGUUGUGUUACGGGUAUGGUUUUUAUAUCGGAGCGUACAAACGACUUGGAGACUAUUCAUAUCGCUAUUAGAUCUAGCGACAGUGGAAUACUUAAAGUGUUUAACUUUGCUCAACUGUUUGGGACGUUCGAUGGUGUUCGGAUGGAAGACAGUGGUUGUUUUGCUGGAAACAGAAGUCAAUAUCUUGUUUAUGUUACUACUAAGGAUGCUUUGCACCAUCGUCGUCAGCCUUGGACUUCUCUUUAUAGAACUUGUCUUAACACUGCCCAAACUCAACGCCUAACCCCAUUCUUGCAAGCAGAUUUAAGCCCGUCGGUGUCGGCAUCAGGGAAGAAGAUAGCAGUGGCAUCAUUCGAGAAAAAAGGGGGCUGGUAUGGCGAGAUCGAGAACCUAAAGACCGACAUUUUCGUGAUGGACGUAGAGGAGCCUUUCAACCGUACUUUGGUCAUAGAGGAUGGUGGUUGGCCUACUUGGGGAAGCGAUAAUGUUAUAUAUUUUCACCGCAAGGUUGGGGACUAUUGGGGUGUUUUUCGAGCAGAUAUUAGCAACGGCCUCACAUCAAACACCUUUCGCGUCACCCCGGACGAAAUUGAUGCCGUGACUCCUGCUGCCAUCGAUGAUAAUCGAGUUGCAGUGGCAACCAUUCGAAAGAAAUCAGAGUUACAUAAGUUCACUCAUGUUCGAGAACAAGAGCAGUAUCGACAAAUUGAGGUUUUUGUAUUCAAUGGAAAUUACAUAACACGAUGUAUACAGAUCACUGCAAAUAUCAGACAGAUGGUUGAUCGUUUUAACCCUUUCAUUAUCAAAGGCCACCACGGUGAGACGCGCAUUGGUUACCAUUGUUGCAAGGGCAUUCUUGAGAGCGGAGAAGAUGUACCUAGGAAGUUUGAUGGACUGCAAUCUCUUCAUCAAGAUAUAGGACUGUUUAGGGUGUCCGGAGUGUUUCCUACAUUUUCGCCCGAUGGCUCAAAGCUUGCAUUUGUUGACAAUAACUUAAAAGAUGUUUGGAUAGCUGAUGCCAAAGGAUUGCGAGUAGUUCAUGAGGUGCACCUAAUUAAGAAAUUGGUCGUUCAUGAGUUUUGUUCAAUUAUGCAGAUGGAUGACAAUACUGUUUUUUCGCCUGUUUGGAACCAAAAUCCAGAUAAAGAUAUACUAUAUGUAUGCUUUGGACCUCCGUUUGAACCACAACAGCCGGUGAAUAUAUGCGCCAUCUUAAAUCCUUCUACUGGAAGACAUCAACGUAAAGUGCUCACAAGAAAAUCCUUUAAACUCGUUUCAGGAAACAAAAUACAUUCCAAUAACGCCUUUCCAUCUACCAAUCCUCAAGGGACAGAACUGGUAUUUCGGUCAACAAGAGAUCAUGUUGAGAGUGGUGGAAGAUACAAGAACUUAUACAUAAUGGAGAAUGCAAAUAAGGGAGAGUUCGAAGGCGGUGAAAUGAGAAGAUUAACAGAAGGAAAAUGGAUUGAUACACAAUGCAAAUGGUCUCCUAAAAACGAUUGGAUAGUAUUCUCUUCAAAUCGUGACAACCCUGAAGGUGAUCGUAAAGAUGACAAGAAUGUUAACUUUGGAUACUUCUCAGUAUAUCUAGUAAAGGCUAAUGAUCCUGACGUUUUAGUACGAGUGAUUUCAAGUGCAAACGAUCUUUCAGGGCAUGUAAACCACCCUUUCUUUAGUCCUGAUGGAAGGAGCAUCGUCGUCACAUCGGAUCUUGCUGCUGUUUCAGCUGAUCCUAUGUCGAUGCCUCUCUUCCUGCAUUCAGCUAGACCUUAUGGAGAUAUCUUUACUAUUGACAUCGAUCCUGAUGACAUUGAAAAGAACAAGGAUUUGAACAAGUUCAACCGUAUUACUCAUAGUAGGUAUGAGAAUGCAACUGGUACUUGGACUAAAUUCUCAACUGCAAAUCCUUCAAAUACAUUGAAUCAGUUUAUAAGGCUCCCUCUGAAAAAUCAAAUCGUUUCAAGAAAUAAAGAUUGAAGCCGGCCCGGCCCAGUGCUCAAUCGUGGUACAUCAACUUAUGCAUUUACUAGUUUUUUUAAUCUAAAAUUUAGGUUUGUUAAUUAGUGGCUUUUCGUUUUCCUAUGUAAUUUUCGUUUUUUUUUUUCGACUUUUUUAAUUUGGGGAUUUUUUAAAUUUCAGUUUCGCUUUUUAAUUUGAUUUUUCGUUUUUUAUUUUGAUUUUCGUUUUUUAAUCUGAUUUCAUUUUUCUUAUGUAAUUUUUCGUUUUUUUAGAUUUGAAUUAUUUCAAUCAAUAUUUUGGGAAAUAAAUCUUCAGAGUUGAUGGGUUUUUCAAUUCUUGUUGAUGGAUUUUUGUUUUCAAUUCUGUCUCUGUGUGUUAUUUUUCAAUUCUGUUUUCAACUCUUGUUAGUGGGUAUUUUUUCUUCUUUUGUAAUCAGAGUUGAGAAGAAUAAGCGUGAAUUUGGUAUGCAUGUUCCAGAAGAGUACAUUACUUGAUUGUUUUUGGGAUCUACUAUCUGAAGUUUGAUUUGAAGAUAAACCACCACAACAAACUGAGAGUGUGACAUUCAGCAUCACAUUGUGAUAUGUAAAUUGCAAAAUUUCCCUUAUGAAAUUUGGAUGUAAAUCAUUAAUUUUCUUGUUAUCGUGGUAUAUAUGUAGUGUGUUUGUAUUCGUUUGAUUCACGAAAUACCACCCAUUCUUUUUAAAUUGUUCUAACAUCUAGUUGUCAUUA